AUGUCUACUCCUCCAGACUAUCCGCCGGCCUUUUUGGCCCAGGAUCGCAGGAAACCGGCUGCUAUUGGCAUGGUAGUCACGACAGCGCUGUCGACCAUUGUAGUUUUGGUUCGCCUAUAUGCUCGAGGAUUUUUGAUUCGAGAGCUAGGUUGGGAUGAUUAUACAAUCGUGAUCGCACAAUUGGUCGCUUGGCUCGACAUGGCACUGUCGCUCAUGGACGUUCACUACGGUUGCGGUCAACACGUUGCGACACUUAUUAGCCACCCGGAAAAUAUGGUUCUGAUGUACAAAUGGCUUGUCGCUGCUCAGAUGGUAUACUUCUUGAGCCUCUGGCUCUGUCGCGUCUCCGGCUUGUUUUUCUAUUCACGUCUCAACCCGAUGCCACAGUUUCAGCUAUACAUGCGCAUUUCAUUUGUAUUCGUGACAGCUGUUUUUGUUUCACAGGCACUUGUCAUUGCAGUUCAAUGCAUUCCGCUCCAGGCCCUGUGGGACCCUACGGUGAAAGGCAAAUGCAUGGGCUCCACAGCCGUCUUUCUCUCGACUUCGGUGCUCACAAUUGUCUGUGACUCGCUCAUCUUAAUUUUGCCAACCAAAAUUAUCCUCGGAUUGCACGUCAAUUUUAUGCGGAAGUUGGUCUUGGGUUUCGUGGUUUGCUUCGGAGUUUUUGCUAUUGUUACAUCAAUUCUCCGAAUGGUCGCUAUGAUUGUCGCCUUACAGCACCCCGAAGACAUUACGUGGUAUUUUUCCGUUGUUGUGGCCUGGUCCAGUGCAGAGAUCAGUGCCUUCAUUAUUGCGCUCUCACUUCCUUCCUUGAGAGGCUUAUUCGGCUUCUUGCGAAACAAGGGGAACUCAAAGUCCGGUCAGAGUAGCGGUUCUCGGUCCAUUGGCCUUGGAUCAGUACCUCGAACAGCCAAGCACAAACGAAUCUAUGACGGACCCAAUUUUUAUCAGAACUCAGUUGAUAUUGAGACCCAGAGAAAUGUCCAGAAAAGUCCUAGUCAGGAGGCGCUUUGGGAUGAUCGGGACAGACAAAAAAUUCGCGUCAUGGAUGUAGUCCACGUGGAUGUUGAUGACCUUCACCCUCAAAAGUGA